AUGGACGAUUCAUAUGCGAUAGCAACGCCGCAUAAUGAUGCUUACAAUUUAGCGUUCUCAGAGAUGAACCCUCACGGUGCACCAAGAAUAGGAGCCGCCGACGCCGCCAAUUUCCUCAAAAAGUCUAAUCUGCCGAUGCCGAUGCUCGGCCAAAUUUGGGAGCUUAGUGACUCGCAAAAAACUGGAUCAUUAGACAAAAGAGGAGCUUUCGUGGCAUUCAAAUUGGUAGCAGCAGCUCAACAAGGGAAACCAGUUGCAAAUUCCUCCCUCUACGAUUCAUCGCUUCAACCACCUCGAUUUGGUCCACCUGUUCCACCAGCGAGCAUGCAACAUCACUUCCAGCCUUCAUUCCCUUCGCCUGGUCGUGCCCCUCCUGUUCCACCACCUCCACAUCCAUCAUAUUCACAUCCAAUUUCUUCUCAACAAUCAUCUCCGGCUCAUCCACCAUCGGAAUUUCCUCCAAACUGGCCAAUUACACCUAACGAUCAGGCUAAAUAUGAUUCGAUUUUCCAAUCGCUCAACCCGGUUAACGGAAAACUUUCUGGCGCUCACGUCCGUCCUGUUCUUAUGAAUUCAGGACUCGAUGCUCACGCUCUUGCGAGAAUUUGGGAACUUUCCGAUCAGGAUAAAGAUGGAAAUCUCGAUCGAAUUGAAAUGUCUGUUGCUCUUCAUCUCGUCUAUCGUUCACUUCAAUCUGAUCCAAUCCCUGCUCAACUUCCACCAAACCUCAUUCAUUCAUCAAAAGCAAUGUUCGCUCAAAGGUCUCCAAACUUCGCUGCUCCUCCCCAUCCUCCACGCCCGAUGAUGGGAUCAAGAGCAGGAUCUGUGACUUCUUUGGAUGAUGUGAACAUGAGUCAAUCAUAUUCUGCAACAAUGCCUCGCUCUCAACCACCUCCAGUCGGCCGUACGUUCUCUUCUCAACCUCAUGUGAACGGAUCUCGAACAAGUGGAGCCUCAACACCAAUUUCAACAUCACAUUCGAUUCAUUCAUUUUCUGGUGGAGAAUGGCCGAUUCAUACCGCAGAUUACGCAGAUCAUUUCGCUCAAACUGAUACGAAUAGAGACGAAUUAGUGGAUGGUCAGGAUAUGAGAGGACCGAUGAUGACAACUGGAUUGAGCCCUCAAAUAUUGGCUCAUGUUUGGGCUUUGGCUGAUAUCAAAAAGUGUGGUCAGCUUAAUUUGGAACAGUUUUCAUUAACAAUGUACUUGCUUGACAUGGCAAAACGUGGGGAGCCGUUACCAGCAGAACUUCCUUCACGUCUUGUUCCACCAUCUUUCCGUCCUCCAACCGAGUCUACCGUCACCACUCAUCAACCAGCACAAUCCGUGUCGACACCGCAACUUCCAGAAGCCACGUCAAUGGAAAUAAAAGAAGCUUUGGAGGGUGAAAACGAAGAAAUGAGACAACUUGCAGAAGCAAUUCAAUCAAUGGUUGUUGAGAGAAAAACAGCAGAAGAAGCGGUUGUCCAAUUAGAAGCAGAUAUGACUGUUAAAAACUCUCGAAUCAAGAAUUUGCAAGUAGAGUUAACCACUCUUGAGUCAACUGUCAAGCAACUGGAGCGACAGAAAACAGAGGCAACGAGACGAUUGAAUGACUAUGACACACAAAUAGAACAAUUGGAGGCAGCAUGUAAAGCACAGAGAGAAAAGAAAGAAGAUACUGAAAAGCGAAUGCAACAAAUUGAUGAAGAAGCUAAAAAUGCAGAGGAAUGCAAAGCAAAUGAUGAAAAAGAAAUGGAAGAAUUGAAGAGAGAAAUCGAAAUGCUCGACAAUCAAUUCAAAACUGUUCGCGGUGAAAUCGUCAAAGAAACUGCUCAACGAGAACAAAUGGUUGCUGACCUGACAACAUUAGAGAGAAAAGAAGCGAGAGACCAAAUUCAGAUGGAAAGACUGGACGCGGCAAUCGAAAAAACAACAAAACUGACUGAAACAGUUUCGGCCGCCGUCGAAAAACCUGAAGCAGAAAUGGCGGAGACUCUUCGGUCACAACCGCAUUUAUUGUCAUCUGUAAUCGAUCAAACCUUGUUAUCAGAUGAUACAGUUUACGGAGAAACUGCUGGUGCAUCAUCACAAAAUCAUGUACAACAACCACCUGAUCCGUUCGCUUCUGCUAGAUCAAAUCCUGCUGCUGAUCCAUUUGCUCAAGUUGAUCCAUUCGGAUCAUCUGGCCACUUCGAUGCUGCUUUUCCAACUGAUCCAUUUGCUCAGGGAGGCUUCCCUCCAGAUGCUGGUUUCAAUUCAUCUGCUCCUGCCAAGCCAGCUCCCCCUCGUCCAGCUCCUCCGAAGUCGGCUCGAGAAACGCCAGUUAAUGAUCCAUUUGCACCAUCUCAAGGCCAGGCGGCUCAACCCGCAGGGUUUGCUGAUUUCGCAGACUUCGGAUCUGCUUUUAAUUAG